AUGGAAUGAUGAAGUGUGCGGUGUAUGUACAUCCAGCGUGCCUGCUGCUGCCUGUGGGUGUGUCACUACCUGCUGCUGCCUAACGUGAUUUAUAUGCAACUCUCAUUGUGGCUUAGGAAGAACAGUUGGUUGUGUAAUGUAAGCGUUUGCUUAACAGCUAUAAAUGUGCUGGAUCAGAGUGCUGGAAUACAGAGCAGUGAGUAACAACAUGGAUCAUCUGCUUUUACUAGGGACGAUUAUGUUGGUAUGGCAGGUGAAUGCAGAUGCAGGUUCCUUCAAAACUAAAAUUGUUGGAGGCAGAGAAGCCAUACCCAACUCUCAUCCUUACAUUGCCUCACUACAGAUAAGACGUCAGCAUUUCUGUGGGGGAUCACUAAUCGCCCCUCAAUUCCUAAUGACUGCUGCCCAUUGCCUGUCAAACCUGAAUCCAAAUAUGGUGACUGUGGUAUUGGGGGCCCAUUCUCUUCUUACCAACGAGGACUCCAAACAAACUUUUAGAAUCUCCCAAGUCUUUGAGAAUGGUUUUAAUCCUCAGACACUGGAAAAUGAUAUCCUGAUAUUCAAGCUUGACAGGAGAGUAUCUUUGAACCCCAGAGUACAAGUAGUGGCUCUACCCCGUGACAAUGAGACAGUCCCAACUGGAACAGCAUGUGUCACUUCAGGAUGGGGGCAACUGGGAACUAAUGCGCGAAUUCCUGACCGCCUGCAGGAGCUCAAUGUGACUGUGACUAGCAGAGACUUAUGCCGUCCCAACAACAUUUGUACAGGAGUAUUUAUGCGUCAGGCUGGAAUAUGUUUUGGUGACUCUGGAGGACCACUUGUAUGCAAUGGGGUGAUUCAAGGAAUUUCAUCUUUCAUAAUCCAGAGCUGUGGAAAUGGGGUAGCUCCUGAUUUCUUCUCACGUGUUGCACUUUUUCGAAACUUCAUUGAUCGAGCCAUCAAUAGCUGAAAGGGUACAAAACUCUCCCAUGUAACUGUUUAAGUGUACGCAUGUAUCUUUCCUUACAAUGCAUACUGUUCUUGAAGGUAUUUCUCCAAUUAAAUAAUUAACUCCUAAAGCUUUUUAGAAUAUUGCAUAUUACUGAUUAGCAACAUUAACUAUAUGGCUAUAUACAUGAAUUCUUAUUAAAAGAAGAAAAUUGUGUGUUUCUA